UGGCGUCUUAGUGUCAGUCUUUCUCAGAUCUCAAAUACACUCCCCCAGUUUCCGUACUGUGGUUGUUCCAGUGUUAAUCCUAUCCAAGUCACUAGUGUUCCAUUGUCUCAUUUCCCUCUACAAGAAACUCCCCACUAUUAUAUCCCUUACAAAGACUUUUAUUCCAGAGCGUACUAUGUGACAGCUCUCUCAUCCCAUCACCAAGCUCCACUUGGAUUUCUUUCUACCUUGCUUUAG